AACAACAACCAGUCCGCCAUUGCAACAUAUGUAGCGUGACAAGUCAUGUCAUUUCUGUCCACAAUUUAUGAUAAAAUACAAUGUCAGAUUCUUUUUUCGGGUUCGAUACUUCGUUAUCGAACUUAAACGAUGAUGACGGUGGUGGCGGAGAUGGCUCUGAGGACGAGUAUGAUGCCCUCAAUGAUGAGACAUUCGGGCAGGAGGGAGACGAGCUGGACUGGGAGGCGCAGCACGAGCUGGUGGCCUCGCAGCUGGAGAGCAGCCGCCGUCGAGCGGAUGCUAUGGACGACACACACUCACAACUUGAGGCCUCUCUAUCCCAGCUAGUACUGGACGAGCCGGACUGCCCGCGCAGCCUCGGCAGCAGCGUGUGGCGUCCCGUGCCCGCCGCGCCCUACGCGCCGCCGCCUAAUCCGGUGACCCUCAAGAAUGUGUGCACGGUGGAGGAGCUGGAGCGCCAGCUGCGGCAGAAGCAGGCGCCGCCGCAGCACAACUACUACCAGCCCCGAUUCCCUCCGGUGAUACUACAGCGGCCCCCGGGCCUCCAGGCGCCGGUGCCUCUCCCCUACGCGCCCCAACAGCCCAUCUCCCACCCCAUGUCCAACAUGAUGAACCAGAACAACCACCAGAUGGGUCAAAUGGGCAACCAGAUGGGUCAAAUGGGUCAGAUGGGCAACCAAAUGGGUCAGAUGGGUAAUCACAAUUUGACCCAGAAUGUGAAUCAGUUUAUGCAGAAUAGCGGGUUUCAGAACAACCAGAUGAUGCAGAAUAUGAAUCAGAUGGGUCAAGGCAUGAACCAACCCAUGUCCCAAGGCCACAACCCCCAAAACCAGAUGGUCCCCAACGGCAACCAGUACCCCGGGGGACAGUACCUGGGCCCGCCCGGCCCCCGCCUUAUGGCGCCCCCGCCCGGGCUGAACAUGCCGAGACAGCCGUAUAGCCCUAGCCAGGGGUUUAACCAUAACUUUCGUGGCCCCUCAAAACCGGAGCAGCCACCAGUGAACCAACCCAACCUCAUGAUGAAUCAACAGAUGAUGCAGCAGCAGAAUAUGCAACAGAACAUGCAGCAAAAUAUGCAACAAAAUAUGCCACAAAUGCAGAACCAGUCGCCGCAUAUGAAUCAGAUGAACCAAUCCCCGCAACUGAUCCAGAACAUGAAGCAACAACAACAACAACAACAGCAGAAGCUGCAGCAGAAACAGCGUACGCCGUACAACAACCAGAAGAAUAGCAAUACGAUGACUUCGGAGAAUCUGGUGCAGUAUAUACAGAACACGCACCCAAUGCUCCAAAUGACCCAAUCUUCGAGCUUCCACAACGCGAGGCAACACCCGCUGCUGAACCAACGCGGGUUCGCGUCCCAGCCGGCACCGCCCAGCCAUAGACAACAGCAUCAUGUGCAGAACAACAGACAACUAAUGAACGGCGACGUAUCGCCCGACGACAGCGACUGUUCCGACCCUUACGCGGGCCUGAUGACGUCACGAGAGAAGCAGUGGCUCAUCAACAUACAGAUGCUGCAGCUGUGCACGGGGACGCCGUAUAUACACGACUUUUACUAUACGGUAUUCUUAGAAAGACAAUCCAGGAAGGACAAAGAGGGAAUCAAGGAAGCUCAUAAGGCGAAUCAACAGAACCACCCCUUCUACAGCGGAGGUGUAAAACAAGAGACGCACCGCGAGAGGCACAACUCCAACCGGCACAACUCCACGAGUGAAGACGGCGUGGCGCCGCGGACCUAUGUGCCCACGCAGUUUGAGAAUUCACUGGGGAAAUUACAGUGCGGCAGUGUGACGGCUCCCCGCAAGAUGCUGGACGUGGAGCUGGUGGCGGGCGAGGCGCCCCCCGCGCCCCCCCGCGCCCCGAGCCGCGCCAGCACCGCGCACCAUGACGUGCCGCGAGAAGUGCGUAGAACGAAGCAGCUGCUGCUAGACAUCGAGGCGCUGUACCUGAUCCUGCUGCGGCUCGAGGAGAUGAACGACCCGCUCGCCAUCUCCAAUGCGCUCAUAUUGAAGGAGCGAGAAGAGAAACAGAAACAAAUGGAGCAGGCGGUCAAGGAGGCCAUCGAGAAGGAGGCGCGGGCGGAGUCGCUGAACCUGUUCCUCAGGAACAUCGAGUCGGUGCAGCGGAGGCCCAAGACGGACAGCCCCAAGCCCGACCUGUUGGAUAAGAGACAGGUGGUGAAUCUGACGCCGCUAGCGACAAACCCGACGCUCACUGCCAAGAACCUUCUAGACGAGAAUAAAGAAGAACUCGUGAACAAGAUGUUUGCUGGGUUGUUACAUGAAGACAGACUUCAGCAGAUCAUCAUGGUCCGGAAGGGAAAGGUGCUAAUAUCCCGCUUCCUGUGCCUCCCGUCGUCGCACAACGCCAUGUACCGCGCGACGUGGCGCGGCGUGCUGCGCGCGCUGCCCGCCGUGGCGCGCCGCGCGACGCACCUCACGUUGCUGCAUGCGUUACACGCGCCUCAUGCUAAAUACAUCCAGAACAGCACGGGCUGGGCGGCAGUGCUAGAAGCGUGCGCCAUGUUGUCCGAGGCCGUCGACCCUGCGCGGACGCCGCACGCUCUCACGUGCUCCUUCACUCUAAGCGCGGUGUGCACACUCAUCGAGAAAGCCUCAACGCUCGUCAAUACGCCAGAAGCGACAUCUAACGAGCGUCAGUGGACCAAAUUCCUCAAAACCUUCGCGAGAGCGCUCAAAAACACCACCCUGACCGUAGCCAGACCCGCCAAACCCUUAUCCGAAGCCAAACUACUGUAUCAUUUAAAACAGAUAGAAUCUAGAAGCACUAUAGAGAUCCUACAACGCGGUAAGACGGCUGCGGAAUUCGCAGAUCUGUCCAAAGCUGAAAUGGCAGAGCUGUUGGUUAAACACCUCUGUUGAUGACAGCAUUCGUCUCUUUCGUACAGACAUAUGGUGAGGUGGGCUAAGUAUUUGUGGUUAGGUUACAAGGAAUAUGUGUUGUUCCUUGUAGGGUUUGUCGUGACGGUGGCGACAUGCGUCGUAAUAGAGAAAUGGUUUUGGAUUUCCUAAACAGAUGGUUGGAUCGGCUUGUGUGUUGAAAAAAGUUCGUCUAUCUGUCAGUUUUGCGUGACAAUGGCGGUAGAAGGACUUUUUUACGCGUAAGGUGACUGGUUUCAAUGGAAAAUAACUUUUGAUUGAUGGACUAUGAGUACGGAAAAAUAUAUUAUAUCGUGCUGCUAAAGGUUUUUUUUUUAAAGUAAAUUGCAGCUUCGUUAAAAGUUAUCAAUCAAAAGGUAUUUUUUUAUGUUGAAAAGUAAUACAGUUUAUGAUUUAAAGUUUAUGAUUUGUAACGUUUAGAAUUGGUUUUCCAAAAUGGCGGCAAGUCACAGUGGCGCCACAGACAAUAUGUGAAAUACGACUGGUGUCACCAUUCGGAACUAAUUGACAUUUUACUGCCAUCAUUUUGGAUGUUUUGCUUUAUGUAGAUUAAAUCCUGUAAUCAUUUUAAAGUGCUAUUUAUACUUUUAUUUAAUAUUGCAAAAAUAAACUGACAUAACAAUCUGAAUUCAAUUAUUUCUGCAUUAUUAAAGUUUUUGGCAAGUAAUAACGCAUUUACUAACUUUAGUAAACACAAGAGGACAAUUUAUUAUAUAAAAAAAUGCUUGCUAACAUCUAAAAAAAAAAAACAAACGCAAUUUCUGUAAACUCAAAAACUGCUUCACUCUAAAAUCUAGUAUUACACUUAUCACAUUUUCCCUUAAAUUUUAUUCCACAACUGAUGUUAUUAUUUCGCAAAAUGACGGAUAAAUUCGCGCUGUUUAGGAGUGUGACGUUGAUAUGAAUAUGUCUACGAAUUGAGACCAUUUAUCAUCAUUUUAGAUGUUUAAAAUCAUUUUAUGUUGACGAAUAGGUAUUUAUGUAAAAUGUUAGACUUAAGAAGGUUGCAGAAACAUCUAGAGAUGCUUUAUCGGUUACUUAAUAUAUUAUAUAAUAUAUUUUAGCAUAUAUAUAAAGUGAUUGCAGCUACAAUGUUAAAUCUCAGAUACAGUAGUAACGGAAAAGCCUUCAAUUAUUCGUUUUCUCUUGUUUUUCCUUCGUUUUCAAUAUUAUUAACUAAAAAGUUAAUCACACCCUUUGAGUAUCACGUAUACAGAAAAAAUAUGAGUCAAACUAUCGGAUGCUCAUGUAAACCAUUAUUGGUCCUGCGCCAAACAUUUCUUAUAUAAUUAUGUGUUUUUUUUCUUUUUCUAAAAUCGUAAGAAGCAUCUCUAGAUGACUAAAUACGUAAUAAUUUUUCAUUCGGGGGCGCUUGACGAAUCGAAAUAGUUAUAAAGCCGAUGUUAGUAAAACAAUCAAACUUAUUGUACAGUUUAUAAAAACAUAGCUUUUUAUAUUGACGAGUAUAAAACGUUCAUUAAUAUCGGUAGACUACAUUUUGCUUUAAAAAAUAAAUAUUGUUAUACGAAUAUAAAUAGUUUGGUUGUUUUUCUAUCUUAUUUCUAGUACUUAUAUGGAAGUACAUGUUUUUAUUAGUUUUUCGUUUAACGACAUUCAAUUGGAUAUAUCACACCAGUAAAUGAAAAUUUCUGGUUUAUAGACAAGUGUUUACACGAGGCGUUAUAAAUAUUUUCGUGUAGUUUACAGUAGCUGUGUCUGUAUCGAGGACGAGUGUAAAACGUGUUUAAAUGUAUUUACUGUUGUACUACACCGAGAUAUCGUAAAAAUGGAUGAAAAACAAGGCCACGUACGUUAUAGUUAAAAAGUAUAUUUAUAUGUAUUUAUGUACCUAUGUAUGUAAGAAUUUGUAUGUUAGUAGGUCGGAUUAGGUCAAAAGUACUCUUUUACAUCACACAGGAAAUAUGUUUUAAAAUAAUUGAUAUGACACAAAUUGUAUUUUUGAUCUAGUUUUAAAGGAAAAGUAAUUAUUGUAAAUUAUUGCCAUUAAAAUAAUUAAAUAAAGUAAUGUCAUUCUGAUAUUAGUUUAGCAUAGAAUGGCGGCACUAAUUUUUAAUUAUACUUAUCGCUUUUAAAAAAUAUAUAAAAUGAAGAAAAAAAAAUAGCAAUACAAGAGGUAAAGUCAGACUACAAAAAUGACAUCAAUUUUUUCUCAAAAAAUAAAAUAUUUUUUCAUUUGUGUACAUAUUAAGAAAAUGGUUUAAAGUUGUUCUUGUAGUAUAGUGCUUUUAUUAAUUUAAAAUAAUAUAAAAAAUCGCCUUGAUUAAAUAUACACAUAACGAUUUAUUUAACAUAGGGCUGAAUCCAUGUAAUUUUUCAGUAUGGAGGAUAUAUGUUUUCAAUCCAUAAAAAAUUCAUGGAUACACAUUUUUGUAGACGUAAGCCACCGGGGAAUGACUUAUUUUUUGUCAAGUCAAUGAGUUAUUGUGUUUAUACUGACCAACGACUGUGAUUCCAAAAUAGUAUUAAAAAUUAGUGCUCAUUUGUUUUUGUAAUUAAUUUUUAAAACAUUCACGUCGUUGUUUGGGAGAAAAGUAUUUUAAAAUUGUGAUGUUUUCUUGUGAUAUUAAAAAAAAAGUCAGUCCCCAGGUUUUUAAAUUUCAAAAAACAAUCUCACAUUUCGGGUUAUAUGUUCCACGCUAAUGUGACUUUGAUGUAGAUGUAAUUAAAUCUUUUUAAAAUUAAAAUGACCCCAUUUUAUGUCUUUGCUGAGGGUCUAAGUUUUCUCAGUUUAGUCCUAUUGUAAUGCAAAUAAAUAAUAUUUAGCUACUUACAUUAUGUAGUCAUAAAUGUAUAUAAGAUAGAUCAACUGACAACUGCCGCACUAAAAUUAAAGAUUAUAUAUUGUGACAUAAAAGUUGUUGAUGCAUCUUUUUUUUUUGUAAAAAAUGUUUUAUUUUCUGCGUUUGAUAGGCCAAGGAUUGUAAUGGUUAUCCUUUUUUCUACUAAUAGUUUUUAGUUUUUUUUUAUCCCUAAAGUAAAUAGAAAAUUUGUUUAUAGUAUCA